AUGCAUUUGUCAAUGGAUACCUUGGGAAUGGUGGACGACGGCUGCCUGUCACCAGACAACUACCAUGACAUGCUGAAGGGAGGGGGGUCUAGCGGAGGAGGCCGGGUCCACAGCAUCGAUGUGAUCUUGGGCUUCAGUAAGGACCAGGACCCUCUGCUGACCCCUGUGGGGGACGUGGGGCCCCAUAAUGUGGCCCCUGAGGGCCUGGAGGACCACCAGGGGAAGCAGGUCAAGUCAGACCCCUACGGACAGCUGGCCAGCCUGGGGGACAGCACACAGCACUCUGACUUCCAGGGUCAGUACGCUGAGUCAGGCCUUUUCUCCAGUGAUACGUGUGAUGAGGACCUGGGGGACCUCCAGAGGGGUUUGGACACUGACAGGGGGAAGUCACCUGAGCCCCCAGAGGAAGACCACCCCAAGAAGAAGCACCGCCGUAACCGCACCACCUUCACCACCUACCAACUCCAUGAGCUGGAGCGGGCCUUUGAGAAGUCCCACUACCCUGACGUCUACAGCAGAGAAGAGCUGGCCAUGAAGGUUAACCUCCCAGAGGUCCGCGUACAGGUAUGGUUCCAGAACCGUCGGGCUAAGUGGAGACGUCAGGAGAAGAUGGACUCCAGCUCCAUGAAGCUCCACGACUCCCCCAUGCUGUCCUUCAACCGGCCGCCCAUGCCCUCCAACAUGGGGCCCAUGUCCAACCCAUUACCCCUGGACCCCUGGCUGGCCUCGCCCAUGUCCAGUGCCACCCCCAUGCACACUAUCCCUGGCUACAGGGCCCCAGGUCAGGGCCCUCACCUUCAGCCUGCCUACCCCAGCCACUCCCACAGCUUCCUCAACAGCCCCCCAGUACAUGGUGUGGUGCACCAGGGGAUGGUGCAAGGAAUGCAAGGGAGGCAAAGCAUGCAGUCAAUGGCUCCGCCUCCCUACCAGUGUCACCCUAGCUUCAAUGAUAACUACCCUAUGCAUGAGGAAGUGGAACGUAGCUCCAGCAUCGCAGCGCUGAGGAUGAAGGCUAAGGAGCACCUUCAUUCCUUGGAUAAAACCUGGCAGCACAUGUGA